AUGUCCCCCUCCCCUAUAAACCAGACUCAAGAAUCUGAAAUGUAUACUAAGGAAUUGAAAGUAGUAAAAGGAUCAUUUCCUAGAAAAGUGGGAUCUGCUAUCCCUCAAGACACCGCAAGAAACCCAUUAAAGAUAUGUUAUAGAAAGUAUCAUCUGAAGGACGGUAAGAUAAACCUUGUAUUCCUUCAUGGAACUGGUAUGAAUAAAGGACUUUGGCAUUACCAUAUAGAUAAAUUGUAUCAUCAAUACGAGAAUACCAAAACUCCAAUUGGAACUGUCUUAGCAAUAGAUAUGGUGAACCAUGGCCAUUCUGCGGCGUUAAAUAUAGACCGACUUGGAUACAAAUUUGAUUGGUGUGAUGGUGCUCGUGACGUCCAGUGUGUAUUGCAAAACGAAAUUAAACUGUUUACCACUCCUGGUCAGUUGAACAUCCUUGUAGGACAUUCUAUGGGAGGAUUCAUAUCGUUAUUCACAACUUUUCUUCAGCCAACGUUAUUCCACAGUGUAGUUGUUGUGAAUCCAGUAGCAUAUACUACUGAUCAAGCAAAGGAAGGUUCUACAAUAGUAUUUAAUGGUUGGGUGAAAAAGGGGUAUAUGAAAGACGAUUUCCAUGUUUCUAAAUAUGUUAAGGGGGAGAUCCCACCUGAAGUUUACGAGUUUUUCGAAAACAAAUCGUUUUUCAGAAAUUUUGAUAAACGAAUCUUGAAGAAUCAGUUGGAUGAUGAGAUUCCAGAUAGGGAACAUAACGGUGAUAUAAAUCUUCAUACCACUAUGCGAAAUCAGUUGAUUACAUAUUUUGGAUCGUUCGAUGCAAUCCCUGUAGGAAUGGAGAUAUAUUCCACCAUAAAGACUCCUGUUUAUUAUAUCCUUAGUGAAAACGAUACCACAAAUAGUGAAGCAGUUCAAUAUCUAGAGUCUUCAAUGAAAGAUGUCAUUCACCGAAUUGACGUUCCAGAAGCAUACCACAUCGUCAACGCGGAGCAGCCUGACUUAAUGGUUGAUAUUCUUAUCAAGAUCAUUGAUGAGAGACUUGAUAUGGAUCAUGAUAAAUUGAACACUGAAAUUAAUGAGGAGAAACUUUUGGUUGAAAAAUUUGGAAAAUCUUAUAGACAAGAGUUUCUUAAAAGGAUUUUUGAUCCAGUACAAUCGAUUAUAAAUGGGUUUCAAUAG